AUAACAAAUGACUAGCGCCACAACAAACUGUCAACGGCAGAGUACAAAUCUGUGAUCGCGCAUGUUAUUAAGGGCUCUGUGGUCCGUUUUGUACUGGUAUGUUUAAGAAACACUUCAAAUAUUACAAAAGUAAGUGUCCUCCUCCAGAUUUAUCAAACGUAAUAAACUUCAGAGAUGCAGAAUUCGAAAAACAUCAGAAAGUUAAGAGAGUUGAACUCAAGGACAAAAACAUUGACGAUUUGACCAACUUUGGUCUGAAACCCAUCAACAUGUGGAAAAUGUAUGAGAUUGCUGACAGUCCGGGUUUCUUCGUCAUCCCAGAUCCAUUCACAGGUACAGGACAGAGGUACUGGAUUCAGAGAUGCCUACGUGACUUUACGAUGAAACCUCACAGCCGACUGAACCUCGAUGCACAUGGUGACCUGAUGAAAGGGGAGGACUGGUGGGAAACUUGCUGUAAAUAUGACGUGAGAAGCCAGAACCUCUUAAAGAAAUUACGAUGGGCGACACUGGGGUAUCAUCAUGACUGGGACACCAAGGUAUCGUGUGAUUGUUCUUUCGAGCAAUUAAGAGGACGUAGACAAAUAGACGUGGCCUGUGGGCAGAUUGGUGAAACUAGAUCUGACAGACAGGUGUACUCAGAGUUUGCAAGGGACCCUUUUCCAACAGACCUUGCCACUGUUUGUAAGUAUGUCUGUGAGGCUGUUGGAUUUCCCAGCUUCUCUGCUGAAGCAGCUAUUGUGAACUUUUACCACCUGGAUUCAACUCUCUCAGGACAUACAGAUCACUCUGAGGAAGAUGUUACUGCACCUUUACUGUCGUUCAGUUUUGGACAGACAGCCAUCUUUCUGCUGGGAGGAACAACCAUGGACGACGAACCAUCAGCAGUGUACUUACACAGUGGGGAUGUAGCCAUCAUGUCCGGGCGGAGUCGGCUGUGUUACCACGGUGUCCCUCGAAUUGUUCUCGACACCAUUCAGCCUUGGCAUCUUGAGCUAGACAGGGAUAGUGAGGACUCGUGGAUACCAUUUGAAAAAUAUGUUAUGUCAUCACGUAUAAAUGUAAAUGUAAGACAAGUUUUGAGGCAGGGGCAAAAAUCACUGUCAUCUGUAGCAUCCUGACUCAGAAUAUUGUGACUAUGGAAAAUAAAUAAGUAUCUGAGAGCAAAUA